GACUUCCGGUUGUCAGUUUCUCCGGACGCGGUGGCGGCGACGGAGGAGGAAGAGGAGGAGGAGGAGGGAGAACUGUGCGGCCCCAGUAGUGGUGGGCUCCAGGGGGCUCGCCUCGUCCUGCCCCGCCUGCGAUGCAUCCGCGGCGCCCGGACGGGUUCGAUGGCUUGGGCUAUCGCGGGAGUGCACGGGAUGAGCGCGGUUUUGGCGUGGCCUUCCCUGCAAGGUCCUUCAGCUCCGGGCCGGAGCUGGGCCACUGGGUGACCACUCCCCCAGACAUCCCCGGGAGCCGCAACCUGCACUGGGGCGAGAAGAGCCCGCCGUAUGGCGUGCCGGCCCCCCCCACCCCCGAGGGCCCGGCGGAGGAGCCCUUUCCCGGCGGCGGCGGCGGCGGCAGCCUCGGCGGCGUGCCGGGCCCGAGCACGGGUGAGGGACUCCGGGAGCCAGGCCGGGAACAGUUGAGUAGAUUUGCUGGAUUUGGUAUUGGACUUGCAAGUCUCUUUACAGAAAAUGUACUGGCUCAUCCUUGCAUUGUUCUACGCCGCCAAUGUCAGGUUAAUUACCAUGCUCGGCAUUAUCAUCUCACUCCAUUUACAGUCAUCAAUAUUAUGUACAGCUUCAAUAAAACUCAGGGACCAAGGGCCCUUUGGAAAGGAAUGGGAAGUACAUUUAUUGUCCAGGGAGUCACACUUGGAGCAGAAGGAAUAAUUAGUGAAUUCACACCUUUACCAAGGGAGGUUUCACAUAAAUGGAAUCCUAAACAAAUAGGAGAACACCUUCUGCUGAAAUCCCUAACUUAUAUAGUGGCAAUGCCUUUUUAUUCAGCAAGUCUGAUUGAAACAGUACAGAGUGAGAUAAUUCGAGAUAAUACUGGGAUUUUGGAAUGUGUUAAAGAAGGCAUUGGAAGAGUGAUAGGCCUGGGAGUGCCUCAUAGCAAACGACUACUUCCUCUUCUCUCCUUGAUCUUCCCCACGGUGCUGCAUGGGGUUCUUCAUUACAUCAUCAGCUCCAUCAUUCAGAAGAUCGUCCUACUAAUUCUAAAGAGAAAGACUUAUCAUGGCCACCCAGCUGAGAGCACUAGCCCAGUGCAGAGUAUGCUGGAUGCUUAUUUUCCAGAACUUAUUGCUAACUUUGCUGCCAGUCUUUGCUCUGAUGUUAUACUUUACCCCUUGGAAACAGUUUUGCACCGCCUUCACAUUCAAGGAACACGCACAAUAAUUGACAAUACAGACCUUGGCUAUGAAGUGCUUCCAAUUAAUACACAGUAUGAGGGAAUGAGAGACUGUAUCAAUACCAUAAAGCAGGAGGAAGGAAUGCUUGGUUUUUAUAAAGGGUUUGGUGCUGUUAUAAUACAGUACACACUGCAUGCAGCUGUCCUACAGAUUACCAAAAUCAUUUACUCUACGCUUCUUCAAAACAGCGUUUGAGAUAUAAGUUCCCGAUUAGUCUAAAAGGCACAAUCUGGACACUUUGCUAUGAAAUUGUAGGGUAUAAAAGUGAUACUGGGGGGGAAAUGGAAUAUAAGUGAAACUGGUAGAGAAAGCCCAUGCUCAUUAUAUUGACUUUUUUUUAAGGCCUAGGUCUCUCUGGGAUCAAAAGUAUUCCAAAUUUGAAAACUCAAUAAAAAUAAUACUCAUCAAUUAAAUUCUAGCUAGUGUAGCACGCAUACUGAACUAAAAUUGGUCUUGAGCAGAAGCAAAAAUUUAUCAGCAAACACAAAACAAAAUUUUACAGAGCUGAAUUUAUUCCAUCUAACUUUAAUAUUUAUUACAUGUUAAUUUUACCUUCUUGGUUGAUAUUGGUAUGCCAUCCUUAAUAUAUAGUAUCAAGAGGUCAUAGUUUACUUUCAAGCAAAUAAAUAUGUAACCAAUGAUAAUGAUGAGAAGGAUUAGAUUUGGCAAUCUGUAAUCAGGAGUUGAAGUUUUAAAUUGUAUUAUCCCUAUAUAACGUUUUAAUGGCUGCAUAUUUAUUACAUAAAGCCAUUUAUGUUCACAUACAAAACUUGGAAUUUCCUUCCUUUCAACAAAUUUUCCAUCUUUAGAUCAGCUUAUUGCAUAAGAUGAAGUCACACACUUUCUGCUUAAAUAUAAAAAUAAAAUAUUAAAAGCCAAGUUAUCCAAAGAUUUAAGGCAAACAAUAUACUUGUCUAUAUCCAAAUACAGCAUUUCGGUGCCAGCAACUUAAUAUUCGUCAUAUGUUUAUAAAGCUUGAUUUGCUUACCUAGUUAUGUGAAUCAUCAGGCUGUUUUUAGAGCCACUCUUAACAGAGAUAGAAAAUAAAAUAAUCAUGACAACUAUUACUGUUUCUAAAUUUAGAAAUUGUGUACUGAAAGGAAUGUCACUUGUUUUUCAUUUCUGAAUGACCUGUCUUAGUGGAGACGCAAUUAAAAUUCACCUGGGAAUUUG